UCUGCGCAACGAACUGGCGCGCGGCUUCUGAACGGCGCCGCCGGUCCCUCGGCGGGCACCGUACGGGCUGUGGCGGAGGGAGAGGCGGAGCAGAAGGCCUGGAGCAGGAUGUUCGUAGAGCUGAACGAGCUGCUGAACGCUUCCCCGGAGAGGCCCGAGCAGGGGAAGCUCACAUUGCUGUGCGACACCAAGACAGAUGGCAGCUUUCUGGUGCACCACUUCCUCUCCUUUUAUCUCAAAGCUGGCUGUAAAGUCUGUUUUGUGGCCCUGCUCCAGUCCUUCAGUCACUAUAACAUCAUAGCACAGAAGCUGCUGUGUGCUUGUGUAAGACAAUAUUUCCCCCUCCUCCAGGGCGUCAGUCUGACUGCAGCAAAAGAGCGGGGACAGCUUGUGUUCUUGGAAGGCCUGAAAUCCUGCUUUGAUGUCUUGUUUGGUGAGGAGCAGCAUGUGGGGCAGACCAAUCCCCUUCGGUUUAUAAGUGAAGAUGGCUCCAACCUGAAAACCAUGUAUGAGUUUGUCCGGACAUCCCUGAUGGCCUCUGGUAGCGAUUCCUGGAAAUGCCCCGUGUUGCUGGUGGAUGAUCUCAGCGUCCUGCUCAGCCUGGGUGUGAGGCCGGUUGAUGUUUUGGAUUUCAUCCAUUACUGCAGAGUUGCGGUGUGCUCCCAGUUAAAGGGGAAUAUAGUGGUGCUAGUGCACAGCAAUGAUGAUUCAGAAGAUGAGGCGAAUGAACUGGUCGUGAAUUCCCUCUGUCAUCAGAGCAACCUAAUCCUUUGGGCAGAGGGGCUGGCUACCGGCUUCUGUAAAGAUGUUCACGGACAGUUAAAAAUCAUUCAGAAGGGGUCAUCUGAGCUGAAAGCAGAGCAGAAUCUCCUCCGAAUCUACCAGUAUAAAAUUCAAGACAAGAAUGUCACAUUUUUUGCCAGAGGGAUGUCAGCAGCUGUGUUGUGAAUUCCAAGGCACAAUUCAGCACAGGACCUGAAGCCAAGGGGAGAGCAGUGCUUGAUACCUGGGGAAAAACAGGAGAUGCCAGCAAUAUAGCCUCGGUAUUUUUUUAGCACUUUCCACGGCCAAUCCAGUAAAUGUGAUGUGAGCAGAAUUUGCAUUGGCACUAAGUAGUGUUUAAAAACAAGUCCUGCAGUGAAUUCUGUGCAGGUGGAGGGAUCUGCACGAGUUGAGCUUCUUGCAGGUUUGGGCCUAAAUCAGUUCCCCUCCCUUCACUGUCCAGUAGCAUUCCACUGUAAUGUACAAAGGGUUCGAAUUGCAAAGAAGAGCAAAAUGUAAUGAAUUUUAAAUAUAAUUAACAAGCAGGCAGCUGCCAUCUCGAUAGUCUGAUACAGCUUAUUAUUGUUCAUUUAUUUGAAAGAAAGUAGGCCUAGUCCAUCAAGACUGCAGUUCCGUUAUGCUAGGCACUGUACAAAUAGUCAGAGACAGUACCUGCCCUGAAAUGCUUAAGAACAUAAGAACGGCCAUACUGGGUCAGACCAAAGGUCCAUCUAGCCUAGUAGCCUGUCUUCUGACAGUGGCCAAUGCCAGGUGCCCCAGAAGGAAUGAACAGAACAGGUAACCAUCAAGUGAUCCACCCCGUCGCUCAUUACCAACGUCUGGCAAACAGAGGCUAGGGACACUGUCCUGGCUAAUAGCCAUUAAUGGACCUAUCCUCCGCGAAUUUAUCUAGUUCUUUCUUGAACCCUGUUAUAGUCUUAGCCUUCACAACAUCCUCUGGCAAAGAGUUCCAUAGAUUAAUUCUGCAUUGUGUGAAGAAAUAGUUCCUUUUGUUUGUUUUAAGCCUGCUGCCUAUUAAUUUAAUUUAGUGACCCUUAGUUCUUGUGUUAUGAGGAGGAGUAAAUAACACUUCCUUAUUUACUUUCUCCAUACCAGUCAUGAAUUUGUAGACCUCUAUCACAUCUCCCCUUAGUCAUCUCUUUUCCAAACUGAAAAGUCCCAAUCUUAUUAAUCUGUCCUCAUACAGAAGCCGUUCCAUACCCUGAAUCAUUUUUGUUGCAGUUUUUUAACCUUUUCAGAUUCCUAUAUCUUUUUUGAGAUGGGGCGACCACAUCUGCAUGCAGUAUUCAAGAUAUGAUCACACCAUGGAUUUAUAUAGCGGCAAUAUGAUAUUUUCUGUCUUAUUAUCUAUCCGUUUCUUAAUUUAUUCCAAUUAGACAAGAUACAAGGUAGGAGUGAAGGAGUCAGUGCUGGCAUUGGAAAGGCCUGGCAAUCAAAGUUUCAAAAUUCUAGAACUUAUUUUAAACUGGGUUAAGAUUUGGUUUAAUCAUUGAAACCUACCAAAUGAGGUAGCAGCUGCAGAUGAUCUGCACAGGGAAAAAACAGCCCAGUGCUUCUCUUCUGAUUGUGUCUGUAGAAGGCCUGAAAGGGCUUUAUUAUGUUUUUCUUCUUUAUUCUAGAAAUACAGAUCCCACCCUUUGUUUGUCUUGUCUACUUAGAGUGCAACCUCUAGAGGGCAUCUCUCUUGCUGUGUAUUAUGCACAGAGCCUAGCACAAUGCAUGCUCAGUCCUAGUUGGCGCAUGGAACGCAAUCCGUUACUGACAGUUGUGAAAUACUAGCAUCUUCUAAUGUGUGUGUCUGAGAAAACCCUAUUGGGAGAUCAUAAUCAGAGUUUAAUUUAAAAAAAAAUACAUGUAUUAAGUGACAAGUAUUGUUACUCAGCUGAGCUUUUUCUGGAGACUUCCAUCUUUGCGGCGAUGGGAAGGAGCUUAAAUAAGAAGCUUCAGGGUGAGAGGGAAAAAAAGUUGGCACUCUCAUCAGGCUCUGGCCAGAUUUCUUCAGAUGACCUGGAUGUUUCUGCUAAAUGACCAGAAGUGAAAGAGUUAACUUUGUGGUUGUUUAAAUCUUCUUCACUGGGCUUCAAAGUUACUAUUGCACUGAGAUGAAAGGAGGGAGGGGUGAAGGUCACACUUCUGGUUAAAUCUCUCAACUUAGUUCACGUUAAUGAAGGUGCGAAUUAGGUACCUUUUAGUUCAUUCUAGCAGAACCUACAUGGGCAAUUACAGUGCAACACUUUAGUGUGUACUGCAGUGCACGCCCCUGCAGUCUGCAUUGUGGGGCCGUGUGGACAAGCCCUCAGUCUCUCUCUGCUGUCUUAGGUAGAUCACUGCAGUGGGUCACAGUUGGAAGAUUUUCUUUGCAACCAGAUGGGCUAGAGUUGGAAUUUUAUUUUUAAAUAAAAUCUUGAAACCUACAAAAAUGGAUGUGGUCACGAGAUGUGCUGGUUUAGCAUGCCACAGUAUACCAUCUCAAUAUGUGCCAUGCAUCAAUGCAGUCCAUGGUCAAAAUUAUAUCACACCCAAUAUAAGUAAAUUAUAGGGCUAGGAUAUGAGUUUAAAAGCAGUUUUACAUCCAGCAGGCAUGUAAAAAACCCAAAGCAUGUCUUGUACCUGGCCAGAGGUGUAGGAAUUCUUGUUUUGGUGGGCCCAUCAAGAUAAUGGGAAUGUUCUCCAUUGAAUACUAAAUGAUAAUAUUUUGCUGUUCAGUUGGACCUUUAUCUCCAGCCUCCUUAAUUGGCUGAGUUUGCAAGGCCCUGCACUCAGCUUGAUGGUAUUUCUAAGUUUUCUGUUUGGAUGUAACAUGAUAACCUUUUGAACACUGUAUCCAAUCAAUUCCAAAUGGUCAUGGAAUGUUCUAGAUCUCAAUGGGUUGGACCAUGAACCCCCAGAAUCUCUCAAUUUAGUUCACGUUAAUGAAGGUGUGAAUUAGGUACCUUUUAGUUCGUUCUGGAACGAAUGAACACGUUCCCAGGUCCUUAAAGGAGUCAUGUCUCAGAAUUUCUUUUUCACUGGAAAUGUUCCCAUUUACUGGAAGCCAUAGUGCUUACAGCCAGGCCUCCUCAAGCCUUGAUUUUGAAAGGCUGGGCUAGACCAGUAUUUGGAUGGGAAACCUCUAGGGCAGGGAUCGGCAACCUUUCAGAAGUGGUGUGCUGAGUCUUCAUUUAUUCACUCUGUUAAGCUUUCGCGUGUCAGUAAUACAUUUUAACGUUUUUAGAAGGUCUUUCUAUAAGUCUAUAAUAUAUAACUAAACUAUUGUUGUCUGUAAAGUAAAUAAGGAUUUUAAAAUGUUUAAGAAGCUUCACUUAAAAUUAAAUUAAAAUGCAGAGCCCCCCUAGACUGGUCACCAGGACCUGGGCAGUGUGAGUGCCGCUGAAAAUCAGCUUAUGUGCUACUUUCGGCACACAUGCCAUAGGUUGCCUACCCCUGCUCUAGGGAAAUACAGAUAGUGUUGAGUCAGUAGGUGGCACUCUUCCGAAUCAGCCCUAAACCAGCGUUGCAGCUAGGGUGGCCACUCACACAUCCCCAGAGCACUGGAUUCUCCAGUACGACUGGGAGCAGCAUGGGCCUGCCCCCUCUUGUGUGACCCCAAUUCCAUCAGUGUGACCUCACAUGCAUGGUGUGUGCAGGGUCACCCUGGUGGGGAUGGGGUGUCAUGCUCUUCGCAAUGGUGUCCCCUGUCCACGAUACUGGACAAAAGCACAUCCAGUUUUGCCUCAGUGCUGGAGAGGGGGAAAUAAUUUAAAAACUGGACAAACAGCCUGCUUAGUCACAGCACUGGGGUCCUGUGUGUGCUGAUGGAAGUGUUGUCUUUCAAGUCCCUGAUCACAUGUGGUGGUUAAAGAUCCCAUGUAUCUUUUUGCAACAAUCGGAGUAUUAAUUAACCCCAGCCUCGACCACAGGUUAACCUGGGUAAGGGUAAUUGCAUUCCCCCUGGAAUUUCAAUUGGAUGACAUAUUUGAAGUAUUUUAAACAAGAUACUAUUUAAAGCACUUGCUAGCAGUGGCAAACACGUAGCAAUGUUAUAAAAGAUGCUACAUCCCCAGAUUAGGGGAACUCCCUGAGCGAAGGCAUAAAAUAAUUCAAGCGACAGGAAACUACAGGAUCCAGAGGUUAGUGCUGUGUAUAAUAUGGAAUUUUUUAGC